CGUUACUACUACGAACAAUCAGGUGUCCAACCAUGUUUUGGUCCAUCUACAUUUUCGCCAUUGUCGCAGUGUUUGAAGCACACGCGGCAACUAUAAAUGAAAUUACAAAAAUCGUCGGUGGUUCAGCUGCUGAAGAGGGACAGUACCCUUAUCAAGCUUCCCUCCGUUAUAAAAGUCGCCAUUUUUGCGGUGGAUCCGUGUUGAACAAGCGAUGGAUAUUGACAGCAGCUCACUGCUUAACAAGCUUCAAUAAUACUGGAAUAACCGUUGCUCUUGGUACCAACACUUUGGACAAGGGCGGUGACAUGUAUCAGUCCGAAAAAGUAAUUGUUCACCCAAGAUACAGUUCUGCGUUGAUCAGAAACGAUAUUGGAUUGAUUAGAAUGUCCAAGGAUAUCGUUUUCGGAGACAAAGUGCAACCCAUUUCAUUACCGAAUGAAAACUUCAGUAAAAUUGAUUACCCGGCUAUAUUAUCUGGUUGGGGAACCACCAGCUACCCAGGAGAGUCCCCGAAUGAACUGCAACACAUCGAGUUGAGCGUGAUUGAUCAAAAACAAUGUUUAAAUGCUAGCUUUCGUAUCACCAACGACAAUAUCUGCACACUUAACAAGAAGGGUGAAGGCGCUUGUCACGGUGAUUCUGGUGGUCCUUUGGUUGCCGACCAUCAACAAAUCGGUGUCGUAUCCUGGGGAAUACCGUGCGCCAGAGGACGUCCAGAUGUAUUCACUCGUGUCUAUAGUUACAAUCAGUGGAUAAAGAAAUAUAUUGAGGAUGGCAAUUAAACGAGAACCGUGACACGGCUAGGGGAGAGGAUGGUCAGCAUGAGCUCAAUGCUCGUGGAGACAGUUAGUAUAAACUAUGAAGAUUUUAAUGAAAGCUUUUUAACAUGUGGUACUUGCCUUUGUGUUUAUGAUGGUGAAGAACACACCCCUAAGUUACUACCAUGUUCACACACAGUAUGUUUACAUUGUUUAACAAGAAUCGCUGCUUCUCAAACUCGCGAAACUGGUGCCUUUCGAUGUCCUAUAUGCAGAGAGUUAAUAACAAUACCUCGCGGUGGAGUUUCUGCUUUGCCUCCCAGUUUUCUUGUGAAUCAACUUCUUGAUCUUAUGUCCAGACAGAGACGAGAGGUUAUUCCAAAAUGUUCAGUUCAUAUAAACCAAGAACUAUUAUUCUGUGAAACAUGUGAUACGGUCUUUUGUACAGUAUGUACAGGUGGCAAUCAUGCAGGAACAUCACCAGGAUGUACGGAGCAUACUAUCAUACCUUUCAGCAUUGCAAUAAAAAGAAUGUCUGAAAUUUUGCUGUACAAAGCCAAUGAAUGCAUAUCCAAGCUAACACAGGCUCAAGAUUCUGUAAGUACAGAGUUACAACGUUUGGAAGCUUCUACAGAAAGGUGUUUGAAUGCUGUGGACAAUGAAUUUGCAGAAAUUAUUGCAAAAUUUGAAAGGAGACGUUCAGAAUUACAAACAGCAGUAACUGCUGCUGCAAGAGAUAAGAAACAUGUAUUAGAAGAACAACAUGCUCUUAUAGAAGCUGAAAAAAAUAAAGUGCAACGAGAAUGUGAAGGCUUACAAUAUCAAGUCGAAGUACGAAAUAUCACACAAAGGAUUGGUAGUUUAUCUGAUCAACUUGAUACUGCAUCAGCACUUAGCGAACCUAAAGAAAAUGCCUUUAUUACAUUUGAAUUUAAUCACAAUAAUGCUGUUUCCCAAUUAGAGGAAGCUCUUAAUAACUUGGGAAGAGUACGUUCUAGUACAACAUUGCCAGGUCUGUGCAGAGCCAGGUUGAAAGAUCCUGCUAUAGUUAAGUUACAAGCAACUGUCAUAGUAGAAACUGUUGAUUACCAUGGGCAUCCUAGAAACGUUGGAGGAGAUCUUAUCACUGCAGAAUUAACUAUUGCAGAUAGUAUCCACUUAGAAAACCAAAGUUCCAGUAUUGAUACUGAAAUUGUAGAUUUAGAGAAUGGUAUAUACGAAGUACUGUUUAGACCACCAGCUCCGAGUCGCUACGUCUUAAAAUUAUCAGUUUUCGAGCGGCCUAUUAAAGAUUAUCCUUUAUUUUUUGAUGCGACUGUACAUAACGAACCCAUUAAAGUGUAUGGAGGACGAGGAAGUGGAAAAGAUGAAUUUCAUCAACCAGUUGCAGUUGCUGUUGAUGAUGAUGGCAUGAUAUACGUUUUAGACACUGGGAACUCCCGUGUAAAGGUACUCAAUUGUGAUUUAGAAUUUCAAAGGCAUUUAACUAAUGAAGGUUUAGAAGGUCGUAGUUGUACAGGAAUAAGUGUAUCUCAACAAGGUAUUGUUGUUGUUAAUUGGAGAACGCGAAAAAUUACAGAAAUGAGCUCCUUAGGUGAUACGAUCAAAUCUUUCUCUCAUUACGCAUUCCGAGAACCAAUUGAUGUGGCAGUAGACAAAAGUUAUGGACAUAUACUUGUGGCCGAUAAUGGUGAAAAUUGUGUUUUUGUGUUCGAUUCUGACGGCAAAUUACUUUUCCAGGUUGGAAAGAAAUUAACAUUCAAAUUAAUUAGAGCCGUUACCGUUGGACGUAAUGGUGAAAUUGUAGUUGCCGAUGACCACAUUUUAGUAUUUAACGCUAAAGGAGAUUUUUCUGAAGAAAUAUACUCAGAAGGCAAAGGAAAAGGCGCUUAUGGAGGUUUAGCUGUUGAUGCAGAUGGUAGAAUACUUGGUACACGUACUGAUAAGGGACGCAGUAUAAUCCAAGUAUUAAAAUUAGGUGGAGGUAAUGUUUUGACUGAGAUUGACUCACAUAGUUCAAAAUUACGACGUCCUUCAGGUAUUGCAGUGCUACCUGACAAUCACUUAGUAGUUGUAGACCUGGGAAAUGACUGUAUAAAAAAAUAUAGAUAUUGGUAAAAGCAGUUGAUGUAGCUUAAAUUACUUGCUUUCAUAAAACUUUUGUUGUAAUCCCGCGCAUAAUUUUAACUGUGUCUAUGUUUAUAUGAAUUUUUUAUAUGCAAUUUUUACGAAUUACGUGCUUAGAUCAAUCAAAACAAUUUUAUCGGUGUAGAAAAAUAUCGAUCAUAUUUGACAUUUAUAAGUGCAACAUAUACGUAGAUACGUAUGUGUCAUACUUAUACAAAAUUAUGUAAGUUUAUUUAUGUGCUAGACUUAGCGACAUAUGUCGCGCUCCUAAAGUGGAAGAGACUUGAUUAGUAUAAUGUAAUUUAUAGUAUUUUGUGUCAUUGUUCGUUAAUUUAAUUUAUUUACUUAAAACCAGUAAAAGUGAUUCUUUCUUAAUUUUGUACUACUUAUCGUAAUUAUUGUCUGAAUGUACUGUAAUACACGUUUUGCAUUGCCAUAGUCUAAUGUUUUAAAGUCACAACAGUUAUCCUAAGAUUCUACAUACAUAUCUCAUAAAUAAAAGAUGAAAAUUUAUAUAAGAAAUUUAUUUUACAAUCAGAACUUCAUUGAAAUAUUAGGUCACAGAAUUUGAAGUUUCAAAAUCUAAGUAAGAUGUCAUAAAUAUUGUUGUCAACAAAUUUUUAGUAUCUCUGUAUUCAAUUUCUAUCGAUGUAAUAGAUUAUAUUUUAUGCUUAUAAAUAUUAUUAUUUUUCAAUAAAAACAGUAAAAGACUAGUUUCAUAAUUACAAAGACUUAAUAAAAUUUCGUAAUUAUUUUUCGUCAUAUAAACAAAUAUUGUGUGUAAAACGAAUACUUUAAAUAUAAAUUAUAAUAUUAAAUGAUGUUAUAAAAGCGAUACUUAAUAUUUUUUUUCUCAAAAAAGGCAUGGAGAAAUAUAUGUUAAAAAACAUGAUUUACUAUACUACCAAAGGAAUAUAUUGAAAACGUUUUGUGUUCUUAUGUACAGUCUUUUGUUUUUCUAUUGACAAAUGUGCUUAGUUAACAUAUCAUAUUUUUACGUUUUAUAUCUUUUUAUGGUAUUCUAAUACGUUUCAAUGGUAAAAUGCAAAGAAUUUAAUUUGUGCAAAUUAAAAUGAUAAAAAUAAUACUCUUGUACUUAUUUUAUACCUAGAAUUAUUUGAAAAUGCUUUAUAUGAAGAUCAAAAACGUAUUAAAAAGUUUAACUUGAAUAUCUUCCUUGCAUCAGUUUUAUUCGUUUACAAUUAAAAUUUAUAUUUUAAUUAUCAUAAACAUCACAUUUUAUCAUAAAACUUAUAAUUAUUAUUGGUUAUCAUACAAAGCAUUUUGUAUUUCCAUUACAUAUUCAUUACAAUCGUCAGUUAGAUUUUCAUUUAUGAAUGCAAAAAAUAACUAGUGUAUUGUAAAUAGAUAAGAAAAUCAGAAAUGAAUUGAAGUUUGUGCUACUAUUCAUCAUGUAUUAUUAAAGAUUGAUAUUGCAUAUAUUUUGUUUGUAUAAAUGGCUUUUAUUUUUUGUAUAACAUAUUUAUAUGAAUAGCAUAUAGUAAGUACAUAUGUGUACAUAUAUAUAUUUGUUUUAUGUAUAAAUUAUUACUGUAUUGUAAACAGAAAUUUAUACACACAGAAAAUUUAAUGUUUGUAGUCAUAGUAAAUACUUCAAUACUUUAUAUUUUAUGUAAUAUUUUAUUUUGUUUGUGCGAGUGACAAUUCCAAAACAGAAUUUAGAUCAAUUGAUGUGUAGAAAUUUACAUACUCAAUAUUCUGGCACUUCCAGUUUACUUGCUAAACCGUUAUUUAUUGCUAUGCAUAGAAAUGUAGAUUCACAUGUACACUAAUUGUGUUCAUUCAUAUUUUCCACUUAUUGAAGUCCUGUUUCUUUACCUGUUUAUGAUUAAAUAAUACUAUAAUUUACAUCAAUAAUUAAUGAUAGUUUAAGUGGACUGAAAUGAAAAUUAUAGUAUGCAUAUAUUAGAUAUAUCAAUAAAAUAUGCUCAGUAUUGUGUUCAAAUAUUUUUAAUAAACUAUGGUUGACAGAUAAUGUUUAUGAGAUUAGAACUACAUUAUAGUGUGAAUUAUUGAAGGUAAUAAUAUUAGAACCUAAGUAUACCAAUAAAAAUUUAAUAGUUUAUUUGGAUGAAUAUAUAAUAUUCCUUGUAAAGUGCUAGUACAGUAAUUUGUUAUCACUUAAAAUUUGAUUACACAUAGGCACGUACAACUGUGUAUGUCAUUGUAUAAAAAUACUACACCUUUCGAUUAACGCUUAAUGAAAAGGACACCAGUGCCUUUAUAAAACAGGAUUUCACGUGACUUCUGAUUAAUAGUGACGAAUGAUAUAACUUGUAAAGUUUACAAAUAAAAAAUCGAUUGUAUAGCUUGGUUUGGUUUUAUUUUUUUCUGCUUCUAAAUUUAAAAUAAAAUUUUCAAAUAAUAUUAAGGAUUCUAUAUAUUUAUGUAAUAUCAUUCUUAUUGCAUUCUAUAGUUACUAAUGUGCUCAAAAAUUUGUACUACUUAAUUAACUUCGAUAUUUCGAUUACAAUAAAAUUAAUUAUGUUUAAAUCUAGUCAUGUAUUGUCAACAUUAUGAUGUUUGGAGUAUUGUAAUGUAACCACACGGCGUCAUGUAAAAUUGUAAAUAAAUAUACGAGCUUAAUUCAUAUAAACGAAGUUUUU